UCCAUUCCAAUACAAACACGGUCUAAGCAAAAGCGAAGGAGUUGAAGUCGGAUGUGAAUCGGUCGGGGUUGCAGCAAGAUGGGCAGGAGGCGAGAGCGCCGAGUCGCCGCCACUACGGAGCGCCGCCAUGAGAGAGUCGAACCGCCGAGUAGCACCGAACCGGCCGAUUCGAACGCCAACCAGAACCGCAAGCUCUUCACGAUCUUCAUCAUCUUCCUCGUCGUCUCUCCGGCCAUUUCCAUAAUCGUAUACCGUAUUCUGUACGCUUCCCGUACGGACACUCCUCUUCGGCACGACCAACUCAAGACUGAAUUGAAUUAUCAGGAAAUCCUCGCUGAGCACUCAAAGGCAUCUGAGAAUGGAUCUUUCCGGCAUUUCACAAAUCCUGUACUGGCCUACAUUACCCCAUGGAACUCAAAAGGCUAUGAACUUGCACAGAAGUUCAACUCCAAGUUUACACAUCUUUCGCCUGUGUGGUAUGACCUGAAGAGCCAAGGGACAAAGCUAGUUCUGGAGGGAAGACAUAAUGCUGAUAAGGAGUGGGUUUCAGGCCUUAGAAUGAAAGGCCAUGCUCAGGUUUUACCGAGAAUUGUCUUGGAAGUAUUCCCAACUGAACUGCUGGCGAAGAAGAAGCAGAGGAAUAAGGCAGUUGACCUUAUAGUGAAAGAAUGCAAGGAAAUGGAAUAUGAUGGUAUUGUGCUUGAAUCUUGGUCAAGGUGGGCAGCUUAUGGAAUCUUGCAAGACCCUGACAUGCGGAAUAGGGCACUUCAGUUCAUUAGGCAACUUGGCCAAGCACUGCAUGCUGUGAGCUUAAAGAGGGAGAGUAGGCAACACUUGCAACUAGUUUAUGUUAUAGGUCCACCAUAUUCGGAGAAACUUAAAGAGUAUGACUUUGGGCCAGAGGAUCUUAAAAGCUUGAGUGAUGCAGUGGAUGGUUUUUCGCUUAUGACCUAUGACUUCUCAGAGCCUCAGCAUCCAGGACCUAAUGCACCUCUGAAGUGGAUCCGUUCUACUUUGCAGCUACUCCUUGGUCCCACCGGUACGGGUGCUUCUAGCCUGGCCCACAAGAUAUUUAUUGGUAUCAAUUUCUAUGGCAAUGACUUCAUCCUCUCAGAAGGUUCUGGGGGUGGAGCUAUCACAGGAAGAGAUUAUUUGUCUUUGUUGGAACAGCACAGGCCUUUGAUUCAGUGGGAGAAGAACAGCGCGGAGCAUUUCUUUGUAUACACUGACAAUAAGCAUGUCAAGCAUGCAGUGUUUUACCCGUCACUGUUGUCAAUUUCAAUGCGGCUAGAGGAAGCUCGUUCAUGGGGUGCAGGCAUAUCAAUUUGGGAAAUUGGACAAGGUAUGGAUUACUUUUUUGAUCUUCUGUAGUAAGAUCUCCCUCCUCUCCUAGAUGUUGUAACAUGGCUUGAGUUAUUUGUUGUUGUUCACCACCCCCUUUUGACCCGCCCAGGUAAUUUUGUUUAAUUAAUAAUGAUAAUGCCAAUUUGAGCUUUUUUUUUU